UCUGUGGUUUCCUGCUCCGGAGUCUAGCCGUCCACUUCGGUCCGUCGUGCUCCGCCGCGCGCUUCCACCGGCCGGGCCAUCGCUCACCCUCCACCCCAGACGACUGACUCGGUUUUCUCCGCUCGGCAGCCACAAAUAAUUAUCCUCUUUACAUCCGCAGCGUCCCCACGGAGAAUGAGCUCAAGUUCCACUACAUGGUGCACACAUCCCUGGACGUGGUGGAUGAGAAGAUCUCUGCCAUGGGGAAGGCCUUGGUGGACCAGAGGGAGCUCUACCUGGGCCUGCUCUAUCCUACAGAAGACUACAAGGUAUACGGCUAUGUGACCAACUCCAAGGUGAAGUUUGUCAUGGUAGUGGAUUCCUCCAACACAGCCCUCAGAGACAACGAGAUCCGCAGUAUGUUCCGGAAGCUGCACAACUCCUACACAGAUGUAAUGUGCAACCCCUUCUAUAACCCUGGGGACCGCAUUCAGUCCAGGGCCUUCGAUGGCAUGGUGACUUCCAUGAUGAUCCAGGUCUGCUGAGCAGAGCUCUGCAGCCCCUGGCUGGAAGGAAUGGUUCUGUACAUAACCGCGUUAUCCAGUUGUCUGUUCAUCUCACUUGCCUCUCCUGGGGGUCGCUGGGGGCAGGGCCUCAUGCUUGGGGCAUGUUGACUAAAGGUCUUGUGGGAUCAGCUUUGGGUUUUUUCUUCUGAGACAGCAGAGGCUUUAAUUAAAGAGAGUUUAGGGACUCCCCUAGUGGUCCAGUGAUUAGGACUCUGAGCAUCCACUGCAGGGAGCCCAGGUUUGAUCCCUGGUGGGGAAACUAAGAUCCUGCAAUUUGUGUACUACACCCCAAAAAAAGAGUUUAUGUGGGACUUUACAGGGGACAGAGCUGAUCAGGGACCAGAUGGAACAGGAACUCUUGUUCCCACCAGGGACGAAGGGGCAGGGAGAGCCUGGUGGCAAGAGCUCCUGGAGCUUGGAGCCCUGUAGAGGCUUCAAAGGGAGGGCAGAAGACCUGUAGACCAGCCACCCUGCUGCGUCUAUGCCCUGGCUGCACCCCUCCCCCCCCAGUGACUGAGAAGGUGGGCUUGUCUGGAGGGGUCAGCCUCCUGUGCCCAGAGCCCAGAGCCUAGUUAGAGGGGCACGUGGGAUGGCCUGCACACCUUCCCCUAGGGGUGGGGCUUCCCCUUUCUGGUCUUGCUCCACCCUGGAAGGCUGCCUUCUUGAGACCAUGUAGCUAUCAUCUUAUCAACUGCUGGUGGACAUCAAAUGAGCAAACUCUUUGAGAGUCCCCUUCUGCCUCCUCAGUUACUCUGGAGGGGGUCUCUGGCCAGGAGAAAGGUGGCUUAGACUCAUUGGGAGUGCGGAAGCUGUGAUCUGUGAGUGUUGGCAGCCCAGGGCUAGAUCUGGGGUGUAUUCUGCUCCGCUUAUGAAAUUUUUUUUAUAAUUACAGAAAUUAAAAAAAAAAAGCUUAGA